AUGGAAACCACGAAGAUUAAUAUGUCCCGAAUCCCACUGGUUAAUGGAGGCAUCGACACUGCCAUGCUCAAGGCACACAAACCCCGCGUGAUGUCCAAAAGCGGUCACAGCAACGUGCGGAUAGACAAAGUUGAUGGCAUUUACCUACUCUACCUUCAAGAUUUGUGGACUACAGUUAUAGACAUGAAGUGGAGGUACAAACUCACCUUAUUUGCUGCCACUUUUGUUAUGACCUGGUUCCUCUUUGGAGUUAUCUACUACGCCAUUGCAUUCCUUCAUGGUGAUUUAGAAAUAAACAAGUUCACCCCAAAGCAUGAGCCGUGUGUCAAGAAUGUAGACUCUCUGACUGGGGCAUUCCUCUUCUCCCUGGAGUCACAGACAACCAUUGGCUAUGGAUUUCGUUUCAUUACAGAGGAGUGUCCUCAUGCCAUUUUCUUACUUGUGGCCCAACUGGUUAUUACCACCUUGAUUGAAAUCUUCAUCACAGGUACCUUUCUGGCCAAAAUUGCAAGACCUAAAAAAAGGGCAGAGACUAUUAAAUUCAGCCAUUGUGCUGUCAUUACUAAACACAAUGGUGAACUUUGUCUGGUGAUCAGAGUAGCAAAUAUGAGGAAAAGCCUUCUGAUACAGUGUCAGCUGUCUGGGAAGCUCCUUCAGACAUAUGAAACUAAAGAAGGGGAGCGCACCCUGCUGAAUCAAGCCAGUGUCAAGUUCAACGUUGACUCCUCUUCAGAGAGUCCAUUUCUCAUUUUACCUUUAACCUUCUACCAUAUUUUGGAUGAAAGCAGUCCUUUGAGAGAUCUCACACCUCAAAAUCUCAAGGAGAAGGAGUUUGAGCUUGUGGUGCUCCUGAACGCCACAGUGGAGUCCACCAGUGCUGUCUGCCAAAGCAGGACUUCCUACAUCCCCGAGGAGAUCCACUGGGGCUAUGAGUUCGUGCCUGUGGUUUCUCUCUCUCCAAAUGGAAAGUACGUUGCAGAUUUCAGUCAGUUUGAGAAGAUUAGGAGAAGCACAGAUUCCACCUUUUAUAGUAUGGACUCUGAAAAACAAAAACUAGAGGAGAAAUACAGGCAGGAGGAUCAAAGAGAGAGAGAACUGAGAACGAUGUUGCUACAGCAGAGCAAUGUUUGA